GUCGGCGGGUAGGAGCUAGCGCCAUUUUGUUGUGUCGCUGGGUGCGGUUGUCGGAGGGAUAUUGGUGGUGUCAACGUAUUUUGUUUGUGUUCUGAGUACUCAAGUCGGAACAAUUCAAUACGAUGGCACAGGAGGACGGUAGUCAGCACCGAGAUGUUUUCAGUGCUGGAGAUGAGUGCGGCUCCGGGCCUUGUUCCCCGGGCUUUUCUUCCGAAAUCUUUACCAACUUGGAGCCAGCAGUUGAAGAGAAAGAGCCUGAGAUUCCCACAAAAGAAGAGGAUUACGUUGUCAGAGUCCGUGGCCUGCCGUGGUCAUGUACACCAGAAGAAGUGACGCGGUUCUUUUCAGAGUGUGAUAUUCGAAAUGGUGUGAACGGAGUGCAGUUUACCACUUCCAAAGAGGGCCGUCCAAGUGGUGAAGCAUAUGUGCAUCUGACUAAUGCUGAAGAUUUCAAAAAGGCUUUGGCAAAAGAUCGGAAGUAUAUGGGCCACAGAUAUAUUGAAGUUUUCAAAUCUAAUGGCAGUGAGAUGGAUUGGGUUCUGAAACAUAGCGGUACCACCCAUACUGAUACUUCCAACGAUGGUACAGUACGACUUCGCGGGCUUCCAUUUGGCUGCAGCAAAGAGGAAAUUGUUCAGUUUUUCACAGGGUUGGAAAUCGUGCCAAAUGGGAUAACUUUGCCGAUGGACUACCAGGGGAGAAGCACAGGGGAGGCCUUCGUGCAGUUUGCUUCAAAGGAGAUAGCAGAAAAAGCACUGGGGAAACACAAGGAAAGAAUAGGGCACAGGUAUAUUGAGAUCUUUAAAAGCAGCAGAGGUGAGGUCAGAGCGUACUAUGAUCCACCAAAGAGGCUGAUGGGACAGAGACCAGGUCCCUAUGACCGGCCAAUGGGGCGAGGUGGCUAUUUCGGCGCUGGUCCCCAGCGAGGGGGUGUUUAUGACCGAAUGCGACGUAGUGCUGGAGGAUAUGGUGGUGGGUAUGGUGGGUAUGACGAUUACAAUGGAUAUGAUAACUACGGCUAUGGCAGUGAUGACUACGAUUGUCCUGGGGCAAUGAGAGGUGGCAGAGGUAUGAGUAACCAUGGAUAUGGAGGAGCUGGAGAUGCCAGCUCAGGCUAUAUGAGUGGACAUUUUGUACACAUGCGGGGUCUGCCAUUCCGGGCAAGAGAAGAUGAUGUUGCUCAUUUCUUUUCUCCCCUGAAUCCUCUACGUAUCCACCUGGAAUAUGGAAGUGAUGGUCGAGCUACAGGGGAGGCCGAUGUUGAGUUUGCAACACAUGAGGAUGCAGUCGCAGCAAUGUCUAAGGAUAAAGCUCACAUGCAGCAUCGAUACAUUGAGCUGUUUUUAAACUCCACUGCUGGAGGAGGAUCUGGUGGUUAUGGCAGUAACUAUGGAGGCCAUGCAAUGGGGAACCAGGGAGGCUAUGGGACCUCAGGGAACCAUGGAAUGUCCGGUUAUGCUGGUUACGGUGGUCAGAGCAAUAUGGGCUCUUAUGUACUCAAUGUGGCCUUGUUUAGCUGUAAUGACAUCCCAACUCUCCUGUACUCAGUGCUCUGACCAGUGAAGGCAAGCCUGCCAAAUGCCAUCUUCACCACCAUGACUACUGUGAUGCCACCUUCAAGAAGCCAUAUAGCUGCACCGCAGGUCUCUCUUUGAUAAUAUGGUAGGAUAAGGGUCCUUCCAUUAACUGUGCAAGUCCUGGCCUUGUUUGUUUUACUAAAAUGCAACACCUCAUAUUUAUCUGAAUGAAACGACUACUCCCAUUGCCCAGUUAAUCAAAUGCUGCUGUACCACCAAUUUCAGUGUCAUCCAUAUUGAGGGAGUAGAUAUUCAUGUUCUAGUCUGACUCCAAUAGACAAUUGCCUUUGCCUCUUUGUUAGUGAGCCCAAAGCUCACUUUGCUAGUGAGCCCAGUGUGUGGGGGAUCCCCUGCUGUAAGAUUGUCCAUUGUGUUCCCUUUUCUGGUUUAUUGUAUGAAUUAAUAGAUAAAAAUGCAGAGAAGUUGGCAGAUUUAGAAUGCUGUGCAGUCCCAUCAUGUAGUUGUGAUUGGUAAUCAUCAGUAAGCAUCUGAAGAAGGCUCCACAAAUAUUCCCAUUGUCAGUUACACAUCAGUACAAAAGAUUAGACUAGACUAGACUAGCUGAUUAAACUGUUGAAGAUCACUUUUUCACUGUUGUUUGGUCAAAUUCCAGAACUCCCUAACAGCAACUGGAGGUGUACCUUUGGCAAUUCACCACUGGCUUAACAACUGGAAUGGGCAACAACCAUUCUUAAAAAGCAGAGGUCACCUUACACACUAUUGUUAAUCAAUAUCUCAAUAUUCAAUUUUAAUAUUUUGUAUAUUAGUUGUAAAUUUUCAUUUCUACAACUGUUCCAGCUCUAUAUAAUUUGACAGACGAUUAAUUGCAAACAAGGCUUUAUGAUUUAAUUCUUCU